AUGUUAGCAUCUACCUUAAGAAGAUCUGUUAAAAAGAACAACUUCACAGUAACUCUAAGAACCUUCUGUUGCACUACUCAAUAUAAAGGCUUGAAGUACGACAACUGUAACUUCGAGGUUAAGGAGUACGGAGUUGGAUUGGUCACCAUCAAUAGGCCAAAGGCUCUUAAUGCUCUCUGUGAUGCUCUCUACCAAGACCUCCAUGAUAUCAUCACUAAGAUGGAUAAGGACGAAAAAAUCGGAGCCAUUGUACUCACUGGUAGCGAUAGAGCUUUUGCUGCUGGAGCUGAUAUUAAGGAAAUGAGCGACAAGAUUUACCCAGCAACUUACAGCACAGACAUGCUCGCAUGGUGGGAGAACAUUGCUAAGGUCAGAACUCCAACCAUUGCUGCAGUUAAUGGAUUCGCUCUUGGAGGAGGAUGCGAACUCGCCAUGAUGUGUGAUAUCAUCCUUGCAGGAGAUAAAGCCCAAUUCGGGCAACCAGAAAUUAAACUAGGAACUAUCCCAGGAAUGGGAGGAUCUCAAAGAUUCACAAGAGCCGUUGGUAAGGCCAGAGCUAUGGAAAUGAUCCUUACUGGAGAUUUCAUGAAAGCUGAUGAAGCCUGAACUAGAGGACUUGUAUCCAGAGUUGUUCCAUCAGAAGAGCUCGUUGACGAUGCCUUAAAGACUGCAAAGAAGAUCGCUGGAAUGUCGAGACCAAUAGCACUUUUAGCUAAGGAAGCUGUCAAUGCUGCCUUCGAGACAACUCUCGAUACCGGUCUGAGAUUCGAGAGAAGACUCUUCCACUCCACUUUCGCUACUCAGGACCAGAAGGAAGGUAUGAGUGCUUUCUCAGAGAAGAGAACUCCAGCAUGGAAGCACAAGUAA